UCUGGGUCUGGUCUCAAGGAUAUUUUGCGACUUCAAUUUCGUCAUCGUUUUUGAAAGUGCCAGUAUAUUCUUUCGACAUUUGCCCCUGAGUCGGUGUGGCGACCUCUCAAAGUGUCGCUGUCAGAUUUAGGUAGUGGAGUGACGCGGCCUUGGCGUCUUCUCAUCCUCCGAGACGCUUCGCGCUAGAAUUCUCAUAGCUUCAACUACAUCAUCGCCACCAUGUCAGCUUCUCUCGCCCCGGAAUGCAACGAAGUGAAAGAGCGCUAUGAUACAUGCUUCUUGAAGUGGUACAGCGAGAAGUACCUCAGGGGACAGGAAAAGGACAACAAAGAAUGCGCGGGCCUGUUCAAGGACUAUCAAAAAUGCCUUCACGCGGCUCUCAAGGAACGUGGCAUCGACAAGCUGCUGGACGAUGCCCGUGAGGACAACAGAGACAAUGAUGUGAAACACAUGGGAACCAAAAAAUAGAUACUGGCAUUCAUUGGGCGAGUAAGGCGUUCUGGGUAACCCAGGAAUAUUGGGGCCUUCCUGUCCGGCGGGACACUCGGGGUUCGGAUCAGAGACUUUUUUUUUCAACCAUGCACACGCCAUCAAAUAAUCAUUUCCCCUCAUCACAUCAAUAAAAGAAAAAUCUCCCUCCGGCAGCUUUCAUUCACAUCA